CGCUCAUAUUUACUCUUCUCCAAUGCUUCAUUGCAAAAGGAGAAAGCCAUUUGAAUUGGGUGAAAGCUGUGUACCACCAAAAAUUCCGCUCCCUGCGUGUAGCCUACUUUUUCAGGAAACCUUUAGCACGAGUGAGUACGUGCCUCUUGUUCGUAUAUAUUAUUACUUUGCUUAAGUCAACUUGGUGAUAACAUGAUCCGGUUUAUUUUGGUGCAGAAUCGUCAGGGCAAAACGAGAUUAGCAAAGUGGUACGUUCCGUAUGAGGAUGAUGAAAAGGUCAAACUCAAGGGAGAAGUGCAUCGAUUAAUUGCACCGAGGGACCAAAAGCAUCAGAGUAACUUUAUUGAGUUCCGCAACUACAAGAUUGUGUACCGUCGAUAUGCAGGUCUUUUCUUCUGCGUAUGUGUGGACGCCAACGAUAACGAGCUCGCUUAUUUGGAAGCAAUUCACUUUUUCGUUGAAGUACUGGAUGCCUUCUUUGGAAAUGUCUGUGAAUUGGAUUUGGUAUUCAAUUUUUACAAGGUUUAUGCAAUCUUGGAUGAAGUGUUUUUAGCAGGAGAGAUUGAGGAAACAAGCAAAAAUAUCGUGCUUACGCGACUUGAUCAUCUUGAUAAAUUAGAAUAACGUAUCUAUACCCUUUUGUUUCUACUUCCUCACCAUCUCCUACCACAACCUUAACUUUUUAAUCUUAUCAACAGCAGCACAUCUCUCUUUCUUUCUGCCCCUCCUCUUGUGUAAAUAAAAAUGUCAUUGUUUAGUCAUUAAUAGUUUAUGGAUUAGU